AUGACCACGUCGCAGCGGAUGGCGACAACACGCACGAUGCAAGCAAAGCUCAUGGACCUGCUCGUGGCCAUCGCUAAGCCGCAGGCUACGGCGGAGCAAGCGCCUGUGUUUCAAACGACCGAGGCAAUCGAGGUCCACGAGAUGGUGACGAUGAGCGACGUGUAUACCACCGCGAAGGCACCGCUGCCGCCGAUUCCCGACGCGCCGCAGCGCUGUGUGCUUGAAGAAGGCUCGAUUGAAGCGUACUGCAUCUCUACGGGCGUCACGACCAUGGAAUUGGACAAGCUAACCGAGUUGCUCAUCCUCACGACCAAUACGCACAACCAGCUCGCAGCGGAGCAAGGACAUUUGUUCCAAGCCAUAAACGCGCGCCCGUCUGAUAGCAACGCGCUCGAAGAAGCGGUCCAGCGCCUCGAGGCCAAGCAAAUUGAGAACCAGAAGAACGCGUAA